GUUAGUACACGUUGAUGAAUUACCUUGAUGCUUUGUCGUAUGACAUCACCGUUCUGGACAAGUCUCGACAAGAAUUAGUAUCACUAUCACUUAAGGUAAGCGCCUACUGAUGCGCAAGCGCAAGAAUCGCAUUUAUUUCCCAGAUGCGUUCACUUACCAGCAUCGAGCUACAGAAAUUUGAAUCAGUCAUAUUUGGGCAUCCGUUACGAGUAGUUUAGUUUUGAGCAAAAUGAGUAACAUUGGAGAGGAAUUCAUAGCUGGCAUAUGCUUAUCAGCAAAAGACGAAAAGGUGAUUUUCGAUUUCGAUAUAGUGGAGAAUAAUCCUCUGCAAGAGGCAGUUUUAAGAGGAGAUGAAAAUAAAGUGAUUGCCUUGUUAGAAAAAGGCUACGACCCAAACGAAAAAAAUUAUAAAAAGAACACAAGCAUCCAUCUUGCAAUACAGGCUGAAAAUUUCCACCUUUUAAGACAUCUAGUCGACUAUGGAGGAGACAUCAACGCCAAAGGUAGUUUUGGACGUGCUCCAAUUCAUAUGUUACUGGAUACGAAGCAGCCACUGAAGGGUCUAGAAGAAAUACAGCAAUUCAAUCCUGAUAUGACCCUCAAGAACAAGACUAAGGAUACAGCCUUGCAGUACUCCAUCAAGUGGCAGCCACAAAGAGAAGUGGUUGUCAAACUACUCGAAAUGGGCAGCGACCCGAAGACAACUGACCGUUUGGGGAACACAUGCCUUCAUUCAUUAGCAAUUAACGACGAUUUCGUUGGUGAUGAAAUGAAGAAGUUGAUCAAGAUUUUAAUUAAUAGUGGUGCUGAUAUAAAUAUUAAAAAUUCAGAAGGAAAAACACCACUGGAAGUUGCUACUCAUAUUAAAAAUGAUUCAGUUGUUGAAGCAUUGUUAUUUCCUUCUCACUUGUAAGACUGAUAAUUGGUAUUCUUAUCUUCAGACGCAUCUCAAUCUCACAUUUAUACAUUUAUUUAUUGUUUUAUAUAAGCAAAUACAAUUAUUAUAUAAUUU